AUGGAAACCAAAUCCCCAGAACUCGACUUGUGGAGGAUUGGCCAAGCAACAAUUCAUCACCAGUUCGAUUUGGGCACAGGCACGCAGCUAUGGCUUUUCGGAGACGCAAGUGCCCGUACGAAAGCACGAGUCAAUGAAGUAUAUCCAGCAUCGAAGAACCACGCGGCAAAUUUCAGCACAACGGCGCAAUGUUUUGCUUCUUCAUUACAGCUGCACCAUCAUUUCGCGUCAUGGGCAUCUUCGGAAUGGCGCUGGUUCAUUCAGUGGUUGGAAUUAGUUGCUGAUGAAUUAACCUUGGGUCCAUCUCGUCUCACAGAGAACCGUCAGACGAAUUCUACAAAACUGGGAUCCCUUCAAAACUUGGCAAGAUGGCAAGAGAAGAUGAACGAUGUCAUUUUGUCCAUGAUGUCCAAUAUCAACAUAAUCGGAGAACUGGAGAAGUUCUACAGAGAACUCGUCAAGGACGACGCAUUCCCUGACCAAGACCGCCAGGCAUGUUUGAAGGCUGUUCAAGCUUUCGGAAUACAGAUCGGUGAUCUUCUUGGUGACCUGCGGAUACAAACAGCAAGUGCAGAAGCACUGGUCAAGACGGUUGCUGAAAGACGAGCCAUGAUCACUCAACAACUUCAAAUGGACGCUCAGCAACUUCAAGUGGAAACUCAGCAACUCCAGAUGAGAGCGGCUGUUGAGGCUAGUGAACAAGCAAAUCGCAGUGCGCAAGAGGCUGUUGCAAUGCGAGUUGUCACGAUCACAUUCUUCAGUACCGAUAUCAUCAAGUUCGAGAAUGGAGAGACGUUUUCAUUGAUGGCCUUGACAAGAUUCUUGCAAGUCACCCUGCCUCUGAUGGCACUGACGUUUGCUUCUGCUGGGGCCUGGCUGUGGUUUGAGCGAAGGAAUUGGAGAAGAACUCCCGCCGCUCAGAGUUUGAACCCUUGA